AUGGCUAAAGCCUAUGAUUAUUUAUUUAAAUUACUUUUGAUUGGUGAUAGUGGUGUUGGAAAGACAUGUGUACUUUUGCGCUUUUGUGAUUCAGCAUUUAGCACAACUUUUAUUUCAACUAUAGGAAUUGAUUUUAAAAUACGAACAAUUGAUCUUGAUGGACGAAAAAUUAAAUUACAAAUUUGGGAUACAGCGGGUCAAGAACGAUUUAAAACAAUAACAACAGCUUAUUAUCGUGGUGCAAUGGGAAUUAUGUUGGUAUAUGAUAUCACAAGUGAAAAAAGUUUUGAUAAUAUUAAAAAUUGGAUUCGUAAUAUUGAAGAACAUGCAUCAGCCGAAGUUGAACGAAUGCUUAUAGGAAAUAAAUGUGACAUGCAAGAUAAAAGACAAGUCAGUCGAGAAAAGGGUGAACAUCUUGCUAUGGAAUAUGGUAUUAAGUUUAUGGAGACUAGUGCUAAAGGAAAUAUUAAUGUGGAUGAAGCCUUUCUUUCUCUCGCUAAAGAUAUCAAAGCAAAAAUUGACAAGAAAGCUGGUACUGAUCAAACUGGUAAUCGAGUAAUCUCUGGUGGUAUUAGGCCAAAACAAGAUUCAAAUAAAAAACCUGGUACAUCAUUUUGGAAAAACUUCGUACAUCGUCAAAAACAACAUCAAACAAUGGUACUUAAAGUUGGUUUAGGUGAUAUUGAUGAUUUAUCAACAUUAAAUGUUCUUGAUGAAGAAAGUCUUUUACGUGAAUUACGUGCUAGAUAUAAAAAAGGAGUGAUCUAUACAUACAUAGGAGAUGUACUUAUUGCAAUUAAUCCAUUUAAACAGUUAAAUAUUUAUGAAAAACAACAACAUGAUCUUUAUAAAUAUGUUCAAUGUCGACAUCAAUUAACACCACAUAUUUUUUGGAUUGCUGAUCAAGCAUAUCGAAAACUUUGUUUAGCAAAAAGAUCACAAUGUAUUGCAGUUUCAGGAGAAAGUGGAGCUGGAAAAACUGAAUCGACGAAACUUAUGGUUUCACAUAUAAUUCAUUGUUCAGGUGAUGCUGGUGAUCGUGAAUUACAAAAUCGAAUAAUUGAAACAUCACCAUUACUUGAAGCAUUUGGAAAUGCUCAAACAUGUAUGAAUCAAAAUUCAAGUCGUUUUGGAAAAUAUCUUCAAUUAAAUUUUACCGAUGCAGGUCGCAUUAUUGGUGCAAAAGUUUAUCAUUAUUUACUUGAAAAAUCUCGUGUUGUUCAACAUGGUCCUGGUGAACGAACAUUUCAUUUUUUUUAUUAUUUAUUUGCUGGUCUUGAAAAAGAAACUUUAGAAUAUUUUUAUUUGGAUGAUCCCGAAACUUAUCGGUAUGCAAAAUUUCUUUAUAUUGAAUUAAUAUUUUAUGGAAAUUUAUGUAGAGUUUUAAAAGAUCCAUGUGGUGGAAAAGUAUUUCCAAGUCGAUCGGAUUUUAAACAUUGUCGACAAAUGUUUAAUACACAAAAAGAAAUAAUGCGUAGAGUGGGAUUUACUGAUGAUGAUAUAAAUAUGGUAUUUACUAUUCUUUCGGCAAUUCUUCAUUUAACUAAUAUUCAAUUUUCACAUGAUGAUGAAACUGAUGGAGUUUAUAUUGAAGAUGAAUAUCCAUUGGAAGUUGUUUGCACCUUACUUGCACUUGAUCAAGAAAUUCUUACAAUGGCUCUUAUUUCAACAUUUAGUAUAACUAAAGGUGAACGUGUAAUAAGUUUAAAAAAUUUUGACCAAGCUAAUGAUUGUCGUGAUGCACUUGCUAAAGCAUUAUAUGAACGUUUAUUUUCAUGGAUUGUUAAACAAACAAAUACACUUUUACAACCAAAUCGACGACGUAAUCAAACAGAUAAUAAUAUUUAUCGUACAUGUUCAAUCUUAGAUAUGUCAGGUUUUGAAAAUUUUCAAGUUAAUAGUUUUGAACAAUUAUGUAUCAAUGUUGCAAAUGAACAUCUACAGUAUUAUUUUAAUGAACAUAUUUUUUUACAAGAAGAACAAGAUUAUGGAACAGAAGGUGUAUCAUGGGAAAAAGUUGAAUUUCAAAAUAAUGAAGAUUUAAUUGAAUUAUUUAUGGGACCAUUAGGUAUAUUUGCAUUACUUGAUGAAGAAACUCGUUUUCCAAAAGCAAAUGAUGAAUCAUUGGUACAAAAAUUUCAUAGUCAUUGUAAAAAUCAUCCAAGAUAUAUAAGACCAAGAGGCAAUGAAACAGCUUUUGGAAUUCAUCAUUAUGCUGGAAAAGUUGUUUAUGAUGCUCGUGGAUUUUUAGAAAAAAAUCGAGAUAAUCUUAGUGCAAAUUUAAUGGAAUGUAUGGAAAAAAGUGGAAUUGAAUUAAUUGGUUAUUUGUUUACUAUUAGUGAUGAUACAACUAGCAUAUCAGAUACUCUUCUAUCAUCUACUUCACCAUUUGGAAUGAUAAGUAAACCUAAAACAAUAUCAGUUUAUCCAACUCGUCGUCCAAAAUCUUUUGAUGCUGAUUAUACAAAAGAAAAUUUAAGUCAAAAAGCUGCUAAAUCUCUUCGACAAGAAUCACGACCAUAUAAACCUAAUACAAUUCAAAAAGAACGUUUUAGUCAACAUACAGUUGCUGUUCAUUUUAAAAAUUCUCUUGCUGAAUUACUCGAUAAAAUGAAAGAUGCUGAGCCAUCUUUUGUCAGUCUUAAAUGUUGA